AAUACGCAAGCCUUUAAUGCCCCCACCCAAUUCCAACUCCCAAGUCCUAAGAGCUUUCCCAAACCCCUCCAAAAGCCCAACCCUUUCCUCUCCCCCUCCUCUCUUGCCCCUCCCCCAUUUCUCCCAUCAAAGCUUCGGCCGCCAGAUCUCAAACGCUGCUUCCAUCCGCCCAUUUAUAAGAGAGAUUGAAGGAGCCCAACCGCCCAUCUGCUGUUCAACCGCAAUGCCGGCUCCUUGUUUUGGUACUGUGGGCUUUGUGUGAAAGGAUUAGAGAAGACCACGUGGGCGGUGCCGGCUUUGGAGUCUCCGACACGAAAGCCGGGCGUUUUAUCAUUGGUUGGGGUAGAUGACCGAAACUUCAGCGGCGAUCCCAAAGGUAUACUUUUUGAGUUUACUUGCGGGCUUUAUCUUGAUCUGGUAAGAGUUUGGAGGUAGGACAAAUUUGAGUGUUUUGGAGUCGACCUCUUGGAGAAAGACUGAUCUGGUGAGUCACUUGGUACUAUUGUUGCAAAAAAGACAGCUUUUUGGGUUUUUGUGAGGGUUCUGAGGCAGAUUACAUCAUAGAGGAGACGAGUUCUUCGAUCUUGAAUCAAGGUUUUUGGGAGUUCUGGGUGGUCGGAGAGGCAUAAAGUUUGUUUUUUGUUAACAAAAUUAGUGAAAGCUGAAGAAAUUCUGAUAUCUAGGGAGAAGCCAAAAGGUAGCCAAAGAAUUAGAUAACUGGGUUUUGCUGAAAGCUGUUAGAAGUAUUGAAGCUCAGAAUUGCUGUUGGUUGAAUUGUUAAAUUGUUUUUGCUGUGAUUCAGAGAAUUUGAUUACUGGGAACAUAUAAGGAAUUUCAAACUUGGGAGAUUUCAGUGUGUUCUGCUUGGAUCAAGAUGGUUGGUACUGUUGAAAGGGAUCGUGGUUCUCUUCGCUUUAAUGGAUCUAUUCACAGCUCCAAUGGUGCUGAAGAAAGGCUUGAUGAGCUCCGUCGCCUUCUCGGCAAGUCUGACGGAGAUCUGUUAAAGAUUGUGGGUAUAGGGGCCGGCGCUUGGGGCAGUGUUUUUGCUGCUCUCUUGCAAGAUGCUUAUGGUCAUUUUCGUGAGAAGGUUCAGAUUAGGAUAUGGAGACGGGCCGGGAGAACGGUUGACAGGUCCACAGCAGAGCAUCUAUUUGAGGUAAUCAAUUCUAGGGAGGAUGUUUUGAGGCGUCUGCUUCGACGUUGUGCAUACUUGAAAUAUGUUGAAGCAAGGCUUGGGGAUCGAACGCUGUAUGCAGAUGAGAUCUUGAGGGAUGGCUUCUGCUUGAACAUGAUUGACACACCACUCUGCCCGCUGAAGGUUGUGACGAAUUUGCAAGAGGCUGUAUGGGAUGCUGAUAUCGUUGUGAAUGGUUUGCCUUCCACAGAGACCCGCGAAGUGUUUGAGGAGAUCAGUAGAUACUGGAAGGAGAGAAUCACUGUUCCAAUUAUAAUCUCUCUGGCAAAGGGUAUUGAGGCAGCUUUAGAUCCGGUUCCGCGGAUAGUAACGCCUACACAGAUGAUCAGAUGUGCAACUGGAGUUCCAAUUGAGAACAUUCUUUAUCUUGGGGGCCCAAACAUUGCUUCGGAGAUUUAUAACAAGGAAUACGCUAAUGCUCGAAUAUGUGGAUCUGAUAAGUGGAGAAAACCACUUGCUAUGUUUUUGAGGCAACCACAUUUCAUUGUGUGGGAUAAUAGUGAUCUUGUCACUCAUGAAGUUAUGGGUGGCCUGAAAAAUGUAUAUGCUAUUGGUGCUGGGAUGGUAGCUGCUCUGACAAAUGAGAGUGCAACUAGCAAAUCAGUAUACUUUGCCCACUGCACUUCUGAGAUGAUAUUUAUUACUCAUCUCUUGUCAGAGCAGCCAGAGAAACUUGCUGGUCCAUUGCUAGCUGAUACCUAUGUAACCCUUUUAAAAGGUCGCAAUUCAUGGUAUGGUCAGAUGCUAGCGAAAGGGGAACUGAGUCCUGAUAUGGGUGAUAGCAUCAAGGGGAAAGGGAUGAUUCAGGGUGUCUCUGCAGUUGAUGCAUUCUAUGAGCUUCUCAGUCAGCCCAGCUUAAGUGUACUGCAUCCUGAAGAAAACAAGCCCGUUGCUCCAGUUGAGCUGUGCCCCAUCCUCAAAACACUUCACAGAAUUCUAAUGAAAAGGGAAGUUUCUACGCAGGCCAUUCUUCAAGCAUUAAGAGAUGAAACCAUGAAUGAUCCUCGUGAGCGGAUUGAGAUUGCACGAAGCUUCUACAGACCGUCUCUUCUUGGCCAACCUUGAGAGCAUCAGUUGAUGAUCAAGUAACGAAAAGACACAGAACUGGUCCACCUUGUUAUACCGUUGAGUUUAGUUUUAUGCAAUGCGCUUGUUAGAGCUUAGUGCAUAUGUUAUUCAGUUAACAAGGAAUUAUGCUUGUUGAUCUGUACUAUAUUUAAGCAAGCCUGAUUUAGAUUUUUAUUUGUUACAUAAAUAAGAAGGCAUCCAAUUGAAUCACAAGGAUAUAUAAAAAUCCUAUGCAUCAUGAUACCCUGUGCACAAAUAGAAAGCUACUGUUGUUUGGAAGAGGCGAAUUAGUUUCUUCAUUUAUAAUUGAUGAGGAUGUAUGUGGUCUUGGGA